GCUAACGCCAUCACACUCAGUGGCUACGACAGGAGGGCAGCAUUUAGAUGGCUACAACAGCAGCAACCUUUAUUACACUUCUUUAAUUCCAUCACAACGCCUAUGGAAUAUAGUGCUACGGAUUUAUAAGUGCACUUUAAACGGGGCCUCUGUUUUGGUGGUGUACAAAGCAAUGUUGAGAAAAUAAAGAUCCUGCCACGGAGAAAAACAGAGAUUAUAGAUAAUGGGCUGUGUGCAAUGCAAGGAUAAAGAAGCAACCAAACUCACAGAGGACAGAGACACCAGCAUCUCCCAGCCUGCAGGCUACCGCUAUGGGGCGGACCCCACGCCACAGCACUACCCAAGCUUCGGGGUCACGGCUAUCCCUAACUACAACAACUUCCACACACCUGUCGGACAAGGGAUGACUGUUUUUGGUGGGAUCAGCACUUCUUCUAACACUGGAACCCUCAGGACCCGUGGUGGCACAGGAGUCACCCUCUUUGUGGCACUUUAUGAUUAUGAAGCACGGACAGAAGAUGACCUCAGUUUCAGAAAAGGAGAACGGUUCCAGAUUAUCAACAGCACUGAAGGGGACUGGUGGGACGCACGCUCGCUCACCACAGGUGGCAGUGGUUAUAUCCCUAGUAAUUACGUGGCUCCAGUGGAUUCCAUCCAGGCAGAGGAUUGGUACUUUGGUAAACUGGGCCGAAAGGAAGCCGAAAGACAGUUGCUUUCCACUGGGAACCCACGGGGUACUUACCUUAUCCGGGAGAGUGAAACCACAAAGGGUGCCUUUUCCUUAUCCAUACGGGAUUGGGAUGACGUUAAAGGCGACCAUGUGAAACAUUAUAAGAUCCGCAAGCUGGACAGCGGUGGCUACUACAUCACCACCAGGGCUCAGUUUGACUCACUGCAGCAGUUGGUUCAGCAUUACUCAGACCGAGCUGCCGGUCUCUGCUGUCGCUUGGUGAUUCCCUGCCACAAAGGGAUGCCGCGCCUCGCUGACCUUUCAGUCAAAACCAAAGAUGUGUGGGAGAUCCCACGGGAGUCACUUCAGCUGAUAAAGCGUCUCGGGAAUGGACAGUUUGGGGAAGUCUGGAUGGAGCAUGCGGAUGGUUUGUGCUUUAUGUUAACUGGCGUGUGUGUGAACCUCAUCCCUGACACUGUGGGUUUGAAUCAUGAUGCCUGGGAGAUCAGCAGAGACACGCUAGAAUUGGAGUUAAAGCUGGGCAAGGGAUGUUUUGCUGAGGUUUUCUACGGAACGUGGAACGGAACCACAAAGGUAGCCGUGAAGACACUGAAGCCUGGAACCAUGUCCCCUGAGUCCUUCCUGGAGGAGGCUCAGAUUAUGAAGAAACUCCGCCAUGACAAGCUGGUGCAGCUGUACGCCGUCGUGUCUGAGGAGCCUAUUUACAUUGUCACGGAGUACAUGGGCAAAGGAAGUCUACUGGACUUCUUGAAAGAUGGAGAAGGGCGAGCGUUGAAGCUGCCCAACCUCGUAGAUAUGGCUGCCCAGGUGGCAGCAGGUAUGGCUUACAUAGAGAGGAUGAAUUACAUCCACAGAGACCUGCGCUCUGCCAACAUCCUGGUAGGAGACAACCUGGUGUGUAAAAUUGCUGACUUUGGCCUCGCCAGACUCAUCGAAGACAAUGAAUACACAGCCCGGCAAGGUGCAAAGUUCCCCAUCAAGUGGACCGCCCCAGAGGCUGCGCUGUACGGCAAGUUCACCAUCAAGUCAGACGUGUGGUCAUUUGGCAUCUUGCUGACAGAGCUGGUCACCAAGGGUCGAGUGCCUUACCCAGGCAUGAACAACCGCGAGGUGCUGGAACAGGUGGAUCGGGGCUACAGGAUGCCAUGCCCUCAGGAUUGCCCCAUCUCCCUGCACGAGCUUAUGCUUCAGUGCUGGAAGAAAGAUGCAGAGGAGCGGCCCACAUUUGAGUACCUGCAAGCCUUCUUGGAGGACUACUUCACAGCCACGGAGCCUCAGUACCAGCCAGGCGAUAACCUCUAAAUCUUCGUUCUUGCCUCGAGCUUGAAGCUGGAUGCAAACAUACGAUAAAUAAAUAAAAACUGGAAACUUCCUGUACUUGCCACUAUUUGGUAGCUUCUGCAAAGCUUCCUUCGAUCAAAUUGAUCAUUUCAUUUCCUGUGCCCUAACCCACCCCGAGUGUAUGAAGAGAGGUGAGUUCGAAGGCAGUGUGGGAAUUGGGCUAGGACAAUGUAAUGUGAUGCCUGUAGUCAAUGUAAAUAUUUUUUAAAAGGUUGUUUUAAGUUUGUAUGUUCGCUUCAGUUCAAGAUAUAUUUUUAAUCUGCCAAAAACAAAGCCUAAGAACCAUCCGGAUAUUUCAUCUGUCUGUAUAAUACUUAAAGAUUACUUUGAAAACUAGUUUAUUUUUCCUCUUCCUGCAUCAGAUUAUGUCUUCCAUUCUGUUCUCGCCUCCUGACACAGUUUUAUUUUGCCUUCCUCAGAGUGCUUGUUGUCUUGUAGGCUACUGCUUUCUGUAUGGACAUAUUUUUUUUGUAAAUUAAACAUGAACAUGUACAGAUUGUGAUCAUAUCCU